AUGAGCACGACAUCAGAUCAUCUUAGUGCAGAAGACUUCAUAAGUCAACAAACUGUUUUAGAAAAGGAGGCGAGAGAAUUAAUGCCAUGGAAUCCAAAGAAAUGUACAUAUGAGAUGGGACCUUUGCGUCAGCAACUUUAUUCCUGUAGGACGCACAACAAUAUAGGAAUAUGCUAUUCAUGCUCAAUAAGAUGCCAUACUUCCUGUGAUAUUGUUGAACUAUUUUCCAAGAGGCAUUUCACGUGUGAUUGUGGGACAGAAAGGGACAGUAGGGUAAAAGAAAAGGACCAUAUCAAGUGUGAGAUAAGGAAGAACAUUGAAAAAGAUAUUUCCGCCAUGGAUAAUCUGUACGGUCAAAAUUUCAAAGGCCUGUUUUGUAAUUGUGCGCAAGAGUACGAUCCAGAUUCUGACGCCGUUAUGCUUCAGUGUAUACUCGGUUUAGAAUGUGACGAAGAUUGGUAUCAUGAUUAUUGCAUACUAGGCAAAACUGAAUCAGAGUCCAAAGAACUAAAGAGAACAAAAGAUGAAAACACAGGUGCAGGAGAAGCUGUUUUAGGCGGAUUUCCAAAAUUAGAGAGUUUCGAUGCCUUUAUUUGCUGGAAAUGUGUUUCCAAAUACGAAUACUUUUUCAGAAAGUUACAGUCACAUGAGUUAGCUGAUUCGAUUAUUGCCUGUAAAUUAGUGCGUUCAGAAAAAGAGAAUGAAGAUGAAUUAAACAGGCAUAAUAAAAGAAGUAUUUCCCCGGAGGAUGAUCAUAAUUUAAACGAAUACUCUAUUUUCCUGCAGAAUGAUUAUUCCAAAAAUUUUAAGAAAUUAAAAGGCACUCUAGAUAAAGAAAAAGAUAAGCAUUUAUACACAUUUUUGGAUCAAAUUGCGCCCUUUUUGAUUGAAAGUGAACCAAUACAUGAGCCCAAUGAAGACGAUGACGAACUUUCCAUUUUUGACCUGGCGACGCAAGCAUUACACAGAAAUGUUGAGCAGGAAAAUGCAGUGAAUGGUAUAUUGGCCUUUCAGGCACUGAAAUCGAAAUUAAAUGACUUUCUCAAGACUUUUGCAGAAAAAGGUGAAGUAGUAAAAGAAGAAGAUAUCAAAGGUUUUUUCCAAAAGUAA